UCGCUGCAUUCAAGAUGUCAGCGUCUAUGUGUUGUAAAUGAAAAAUGUGACUUAAGGACUUGGUAUGCAGAAUAAUUUUAUUUAUUACGUAAUUCAUCAACAUAUUUACAUUACUUGUGCUAUAACACAGUCGGAACAUCAUAAUUAAUUUGUUGCUGGAAGUGUAUUGUUAGGGAACAGUCCUUCACUCCUUAUGAGUAAUGGCUGACUCUAAGACAGCACAAUCGGCAGAAGCAGCCGAGUCUGCCCCCUCUCUGCCGGCAGUCACUGACCAACAGAAGGAAUAUGCAAAGCAGGCUCUGAAAGAGUUUGAAAAUCGACAGUACUCAGCAUGCGUUUCCUGGGUGUCGAAGCUAGUAGGGCAUCGUUCCUCCGACUCCAAAGUAGCCCACAAUAAAGCUGUGGUCGACUUUUAUAACAGUGGCUGUAAAAAUGUGGAGGCGUUCAAGCGAACUCUGGAGAACUUGUGUCAAAUGACGAAUCUGAGUUUGGACAGCCGUGAGGAUGUGGAUCAUGCAGUGAUAUUCUACAACCGGUGCAUCGUCCUGUACCACCAGCGACAAUACCACACUGCGCUCAAAAUACUCGACAAACUCUUCCAGAUCGUAGAACCCCUUGAUGAAUAUUUGACAAAGAAGACAUUGGUACUUCUUGUGGAACUGUAUCUCUGCACACACCAGCCUGAGAAAGCCAUGAGCAUGAUUGGCUACAUGGAGAAGCUUUAUCUGCCGAGCAGCAAGUCUUCAUCAGGAGGGCAAGGUGAUGACGACAAGGGGGAGAACAAGGACACCAAGGAAACCAAAGAUGGCGGAGAUGGUGAAAACUGGAAAGCAAGAAUUAGUAUGUACAAAACGAGAUGCCUCAUCAUGCUGAAGUCGACAAAACUGUGUAAAAGGGAAGUGAAGUAUCUCAUUUCUACACAGAGUACAAACACAACUGUCAUCUACCUGAAAAGCAAUUUUGAGUAUAUCCGUGGUAACAACCGAAAAGCCAUCAAGAUGUUGGGAACUGCUCCUCAGGCACAGCUCUUCACUGAGAUGGGAGAGUGCCUUCCCCUGAUGUACUUCAACAAUCUGGGCUGCAUCCACUUCCAUAUGCGCAAACACCAUCUUGGCUCCUUCUACUUCCGCAAAGCUGUUCGGGAAAACGAAAAUGCUUUGAAGGAUACAGGAACAGACCGACCUCUUCACAAGCAUACUUUAAGCCGCCACUUUGAGCUGUUGUACAACAUGGGUAUUCAGUUACUGCACUGUGACAAACCGCUUGCUGCAUUUGAUUGUCUGAUUGAGGCUGUCCAGGUGUACCAAACCAACCCACGUAUCUGGCUACGUCUUGCUGAGUGCUGCAUUCAGGCGAACAGACCGAAUAAUGAGGAGGACCGAAAUUUGGAAAAGCGAAUGGAAGUCAUUAAAGGCUCUGUUGGCAGUGGAAUUCACCGUAAACUGAUUAUCGGGACUGGGAUAUAUUCAAAAGAUGUGAGCAACAACCAUCCUGCCAUACCACAAGCAUCUCUAGAAUUUGCAUCCCUGUGUUUGAGAAAUGCCAUGCUGCACCUGAAUCCUCUGGAAGUGGAGAAAGUCGUCACAACAGAUGAAUCAAGUGAUGGAAUAAAACCAGUUCCUGUAGAACCAACGUCAGUAGCGGCUCCUCCUGGCAACCCGAUGAAACCGAAUGAAGUGGCCCACCUCCGGAGUUCCAUCCUGGCCGCCAGUUCGUACGUGGCACUGAACCUCAACAACCACCUGAUGGCGUUACACUAUGCAGAAGACCUGCUCAAGCAGCCCAAGCUGUCGGGAGCACAGAAAUAUAUUGGUCACCUGUACAUGGCGGAGGCACUGGUUGAGUUGGAUCGUAUUGCGGAUGCCAUAACACAUCUAAACCCAGAGUCUGUGACCGACAUCAGCACUUGUCCUCCUGAGAUGAAGUCAGACCAAGACAAACAAGACAAAGGUGAUAAAGGAGAAAAAGAUCUGUUGGCGGAAAGCACUGAAGCUAAAAGUGCUCUUUAUCCAUGGAGCCCUAAAGACAUGUCACGGGCAAAAGCCAUUAUGCAAUACAACUUGGCAACAGCUCAUGCAAUGAGAGGAGAAUAUGAUAAAGCCAUGUCAAAUUUAACUGAGAGUUCAAAAAAUAUUGGGACUCCUCUUCCAGCCCAGAUGUACUUUCUGAAGCUCUAUCUUGAUCUCAUGGAGGGAAGACGGAAAAUGGCACAGUUCGUCAUCAAGGAUCAUUUUGGACAUGUCACUCCAAACAGAGUGUGACCAACUUCAGCUCGUUUGCAUGUUUGAGAAGUGCAAAAAACAUAUCAUUUACUUAGCUGAAUGGGCAUUAUGGGAUGAAUUUGUCACAGUGUGAAUGAAAUGUACAAGUGAAAUUGAAGUGUAGUUCACAUUCAUUUAUGAUGCAUGGUUAUCGACAUUAUGAAAUGAGUUUUCCCUUGAUGUACAUGCCUUCUUAGCUGACAGAUUUAUUGUUAAAUAUGGUCAAACAAUAUAACAGAAAAUACUGAGUACUCAAAUUUAACCCUUUCAAGUUUCCAAUAGUAUUCAGGGUUUUUGCCAGAGGAUAUAGAGAGUAAAAUUACAUACCUGAAAUACUUGGAAAUGAAUGGAUACGUUUUUUAUAAUUUGUAGAAAGAUUACUGAAGAGGAACUGCUGUUUAAAAUUUGUCAUCCGACCUAGUAGAAGCACUUAGGAUAAAUUUCAAAAAUAGCAGUAGUUGGUAUGCAUUUACUGUAUGAAGGCAUUAUGAACCGAGGGUUAGAUGUCCAUUACUUGUAAAAAGAGGCAUUUUGUUUUUCACUACAGUUUCUAGGUGUCUGAACUUCAUACAUAUAUUCUAAAAGUGGUCUGAAAAAGUUAAAAGUGUCAUAUUAUUGACAUUGACACAAUGGCAGACAAGUGGAUUUGUUAGUAAAUCUGACAGUAGAAAAUUAAGAAAAUUAAAAUUUUGUUAAAUAAAUAUUCUGAAGCAUUCUGUAUAUUUAUAAUCAGAUGGGGGAGUGUUAAGCCUCCAUAAACUUCACAGGUGUGCUCCAAAUGUUUUUCUCAAUUGUUUUGGAUUGUGGCUAGAUGUUUUGUCUGAUACUGUCAAAUGUUGGACAUCUUUAUAGCACUGUAAAUCAUUAAAUAUUAGUGAUUGUAAAAUUUUACAAAAUCCAAUUGGUGAUAUAUUAGCAACAUAAAACUGUAGAGAGGUUGUCAUAUCGAAAACAAACAAAAUAGAAAAAUAAGCUUAAUUUGUAGGAUUAGCUGAAAUAAUAUUGUUUGUUUUGCAGCUUACAGACAACUCAAAGUUAGUAAAACAAUUGUGGCAGUGGCCAUGCUAACUAUUGGUGUUUGUUAUCAUUUUAUUUUAAUCAAUAGUACAUAACCAUUAUUGGUGUUUAGUUAGUCGUCAACAAAACAAGCACACAAGAAUUUUUCGGAACAGACUGCUGUAUGUCUCUUUACAUUUAGUGUCAAGAAUUAUUAGCAUCUUGUCUUGCCUUGCUAAAUUCGAUAAAAGUUUAUGCUUGCUAACAUUUCCUGAUUUACAGUAUAUGCCCUGAAGUUUUUGCUUCUAUGUUACAGUGAUAUUGAGGUAUUGUUACUAGUUUGAGGUAGCAGAGACGAGUGCUAAAACCCUGUCCUCAGUCUGAAUAUCAAUGUUCUUAUCGGUUUGUUAAUUUUACUCUACAAAUUAAAAAAAAAUUGUAUGGGCAUCCAGUUUUGCCAACUACUUUUUAAUAGUAAGUUUCUUGUUUAGUACUAGAACACCAGACUUGUGGGAUAUUAGUUUUUUUUAUAUCCCUGCUAUGUUAAUACAAUGAAACUUGUUUAAACUGAAUCAGGCCGGGCACUUAAUAUUUAUCUGAUUUACACAGGAUCCAGUUUUCAUAGGGUUGAGUUUUAGAAUCUAGAAAAUUCAAGAACUUGAAACCUGUCCAGUUUUGACAGGAUUACGGUUAGUUCAGGGUCUGGUUUAGACAGGUUUCACUAUUCACCUGAUUAUGAGUAUGGAGGUUUGUGAUGCUUCUUGAAAUUCUUUGUCAUGCCUAAAUUGUGCAAUAUUAAAAAUGUAGUCAGGGAUGUGGGGUGGUUUUUUUAUGCGAUUUCACUUUUUUUGCAUAAAAUAAUAUUCACAAAAUUAAUUUGAAUUUGAUCUGAAAUGCUGAAAAAUGACCUUUACUUAGAAGUGGUAUAGCGAUUUUAGCUUUUUAAAGUCAUUUCAGGUUUACCCAUCAGCUUUAAGACAUACCAGCUUCAUCCUUAAAUGAGUGCUCUGUAGGCUUACUGUAUUUAAGUUUAGUUGCCUAACCAACCUUGGGUAUUGUUAACACUGUCACUAUUAAGUAUUCAUAGUAAAUGAAGAUUAAAACCUUUGUACAAAA